AUGGAGGACAACCCGAUGUGUAUACAAUACAGUCCCUAUGAAAAUUCUCGUCACGCAACUCCACUUGUGCUCAUCCACGACGGCGGUGGCACAAUCUUUCCGUACGUUCGUCUUGGGAGCUUAAAUCGUGACGUUUGGGCGAUCCACGACCCGAAUUGGUCUACCUCUGAGCUGUAUGAAGGUGGCUUGGAUGAGAUGGCUGGUGUCUACAUAGACUUUAUCAAAAAUGUUGGCAUUCGGGGCUCUAUUUUGCUGGGAGGAUGGUCACUCGGUGGCUACAUCUCUCUCGCAAUUGCGAAGAAGCUGGCGGGAGCUGUCUCUCCUGAGUUCUCCAUUGCUGGCAUGUUGAUUAUCGAUUCCCCAUUGCACAUACCCAUGUGCAAGCUGCGUCCUGCCGGCCCUGACCCUGACUUCGAACAUCUGCCGGAACUUGUGCGCAAGUCGUUCGCCAACUGUGAUGUUUAUUUGAAAGAGUGGGAGCUACCCCAUUGGGAUGGACCAACUUGCCAAGGUAGUCCAGUGCGCGCUACUAUUCAUGACGAAGUUUACACGAUUCCCAACGACAGAAUUCUGCAGAAACGGUUGGGCCAGAAGUGGUGUACCAUCGAGGUUAAGAGAUUCGAGCACGAUGCCUCCAUUCCGGAAAAUUCAGCCGGGCCACCGCCUGCUGUGAUGAUAAGAUGCGAUUUGCCUUCACCGAACGGCCGAGGCCUUGAGCCAUGUCAUAUAGACCGAUUUCGCCAUGAGCCCCUACUACGCUGGGAUGGCAGCUAUCCAAGCUUUAUCAAAGCUGUCAUAGAUGUAGACACGACUCAUUAUGGCAUCUUCGACCCUUCACACGUCAAAGUCGCUACACAGCAAUUGAACGAGGGUCUUGAUAUUCUUGAUAGUCUGAAAGUUCUCUAA